GCUGCCACUAAUGGAGUAGCUACUCCAGACAGCACUGUUGCAGAAAACGAAGUUUGUGCGAGCUUAGCAUCAGAUUACGAAAGUGAUAACUGUCAUUUUGUUACAGAUUUGUGUAAGCAGAACAGAGCACAUCAUGACAUGCGAAAGUACAAAGGCAAGAUUUUAUGAUGUUAACAUGCUCUAAAUCAAGACAUGCAUUUUCACUUCCUUGCAGGUGAUGAAAGAUAGCUCCACGCAAUGGGAAUUGCCACCAGCCGACCAUUCAUACACAAGCACAAGACUUCCCAUGACCGUGAGAACUAUUUCCGAUCGAACACUGACCAGUGAUGACAUUCUUUUUUACACUGGCAUUCCUGUGGCUGUAUUUGACAAACUCGUGUCAGCACUGAAGACUCAGGACAAGACAGUACGCAAGGUCUUGACCAUCGAAGACCAGCUGCUAUUGACCCUCAUGAGGCUUAGACUUGGCCUCCUUUGUGGAGAUCUCGCAAGACGAUUUGAGGUCUCUGUCGCUUAUAUUUCUAGAACAUUUUCGAGAGUGCUGGACGACCUGGUGAAGAUCAUGCAAGAAGUUCUUGUAUGGCUGGCCCGCUCAAGGUUGCGGGCAAGCAUGCCAGAGAGUUUCAGAAACAGUGAGUACAGUCGUACAACAUGCAUAUUUGACUGCACUGAGGCACUAAUGCAACGGCCACGGAAACUGAUGGCCAGAUCCCAAAGUUACAGCCAAUACAAGGGUGCAAACACAAUGAAAUUUCUUACCGUCAUAGCACCAAAUGGAUUUAUAAUGUUCGUGUCAGAUGUGUAUGGAGGCAGGGCCUCAGAGAAAUACAUUGUAAAGACAUGUGGAGUGGAAGAAUACCUCCUUCCAGGGGACGAGAUAAUGGCAGACCGCGGUUUCAAGCUUGACCCUCAUCUUGAAGUUCAAGGGAUUAAAAUGAACAGGCCUGCAUUCACAAGAGGAAAGGAUCAGCUACCUGAAAGUGAAGUCACCGAAACUAGGCGCAUCGCUUCGCUACGAAUUCAUGUUGAACGGGCAAUCAACCGAAUCAAGAGGUACAGAAUUUUCAAACAAGUACUGCGCAUCAAGUCAAGAAAGUAUGCUAGCAAAAUUAUCCUUGUUUGUGCGUGACUCUGCAACCUUAAAAGUCCACUCAUCAAUGAACUAACUCGAGCAUAAAUAUCCCAUAUGUAUUCUAAUUUUGGCCCUAAGCACUCUGUGAGAAGUGAGUAGGGUAAACGACACUUCACUUCAGUGAUGCUGUUUUUAUAACCUCACUGGUGUCGACCUGUGAAGCUUAUGAAGUGAUAUGAGGCCAAGGUGUAAAACAGGUGGUUGAAUGUUGUUUAUUCGUUCAAUAUACUUAUAGGGCUGUAGUGGAGCACACAUUAUGAAUAAAUAAAAUUUUGCUUGCUACGU